AUGCCCAGAGCCUUCUUGGUGAAGCGCCGGAGCCCGCAGCCGGCAGUGCGCAGCUGGGAUGGGCUGCCCGACGAGGAGAGAGCCGACACCUACAUCCCAGGGGGGAUCGGCUGCGUGAUGCUGGGCUAUGAGGACAGCUGCAGCCUGGAGAGCAGCGGGAGCAGCGGGACCCGGGAUGCUGAGCCCAGCGACCCCCCGACGCCCCAGCCUGCCUGUGGUGACCUGGGCAUGGCCGGAGGGAUGCUGCUGGACCUGGCCGUCAAGCGCCCCGUGGUCAGGUCGAAAAUCAAGUUUACCACUGGCACCUGUAAUGAUGCUGCACUGCAUAGCUGCGAGCUGUGUGGCAAAGGCUUUCGCUUGCAGCGAAUGCUCAACCGUCACAUCAAGUGCCACAGCCAAGUGAAGAGACACUUGUGCACCUUCUGUGGAAAAGGCUUCAAUGACACCUUUGAUCUGAAAAGACAUGUCCGGACCCAUACUGGAAUUCGUCCUUACAAAUGUGAGGUUUGCAACAAAGCCUUCACCCAGCGCUGUUCCCUGGAGUCCCACCUCAAGAAGAUUCACGGUGUGCAGCAGCAAUAUGCCUACAAACAGAGGCGAGAUAAACUUUACGUGUGCGAAGACUGCGGCUACACAGGCCCCACGCAAGAGGACCUAUACCUGCACGUUAGUAACGUUCAUCCUGGAAGUGCUUUCCUGAAAAAAACCUCAAAAAAACUUGCAGCAGUUUUGCAAAACAAACUGAGCCCUGACCUGCAGAGGAACUCCAAGGAUGAUGACAAAGAUGAGUAAUGCAGUGGAUUACAGUGGUCUACAGGAAUGAAGUUUACAUGUAGGAUGAGAUAUAUAUAUAUAUAUAUUAUUUUUUUAAAAACAAUUUUGAAAAAAGUACCUGCAAUUAAAGGGAUGCUUUAGCUAAUGGGACUCUCUUGUUGCUAGUAGAACCUCAACUGGAAAGAAAUAUUCCCAUUUAUGAUGGAAACAUCAAACUUUUUUUAUCUGGCCAAUAAAAAUGGAAAGCUUGGAAGAGGCUGUCACCUCUCAGAUGGAGUAUUUACUGAACUGACAUUUGGGCAAUCUGUCUUCCGUUUCAGCUCUACCACACAUCAGCUGCCACUAAGUUCACCUUUCCCCAGUGUAUUUUGUAAAGUUAAUUUCUGUUACCUCCUGUACCAAUUACUUUUGAGAGGUUUGAGUGAAAAGUGCCAGGUAAGAACAGCUACUAGUACAUUGUUCUACGCAAAUUUAAUUAAAGUGUCUUAAGAACAGGAGUACAUUGUAUUGGUAAAUAAGUUAAAAUGUGCAAAUAACCUUAACUCUGCCCCCUGUGCAGUAGCUAACAAUUUAUGGAAGGGUGAUACAAGGUGAGUUGAAACUCUUCUGAAAGGAUGCAGAACUUUUCCUCCCAAACUUUCUCUGCUGGCAAAUUACAUUAUUCCAGGGCAGACUUUUGGUUUUGAUUUAGGUAUUUUAAGCCAUGAACUUACUCUUAUGUUUAGAUGCAAGUGGAACCUUAACUCUGAUGUUCCUGGACUUGUCAUGCUUUGAGGAUUAUUACCACAUCCUUUUAACAUACAUCAAUAUCGACCCAGAAACCCAAAGAAAACUUGAAGAUAAGUAUUUUCUGUCAUGAUGAA